ACUUUCUAGCACCUUGAGCCUCGGUGGUGGGAAACGUUUACAGCUGCGAACGUAGCGUAAUCUGAAAGUUGGAUAACGGGCGUCAGAUCAGACGAGCAGCGCAGCGCAGUGAAUACUCUGUAUUGUGGGUAUUUAGGGUCCACCACCGAAACGGGCCAUUUUAGCAAGGCCAUUCUGAACUCAUAUUUUAUACCAUCGGCCAUAAGUGUGUUGGCUCAUAAGUAGAUUACCCCGGAAGGUCUUGACAAUGAGUUUCAAGGAAGAACGCAGGCCAUCUAGUACACCUCAGCACCUCAACUGUCAAUUCGAGAAAGUUCCUGACAGUUGCGAUGUCGAGCUACCACCCGCCUGCUUCGGCACGGAGAAGGACGCCAGGAGACGGCUCUACCUGACCGCGGCGACGGCGUACAUGGCCUCGAUGUCCUUUGGCUUCGCGUGCACCUACUCUUCGCCCGCGUUGCCGGACAUACGCAAGAGCAUCCCGUUCUCGUCUUCCGACAGCGGCUGGUUCGGCUCUCUCGUCACCCUGGGAGCCGUGUUCGGUGGACUCGCCGGUGGCCAGCUGGUGAACCUGGUCGGUCGACGUGGCUCGCUCUUCGCCGCCGCUGCCUGGUUCAUGGCUGGCUGGUUGUGCAUCGUGUUCGCGCCGUCCACCGCGUUGCUUUUCGCGGGUCGUGUAUUGACCGGCAUCGCCAUGGGCAUCACCGCUCUCACCGUGGCCGUCUUCAUCUCCGAAAUCAGCCCCUCCAGCAUACGUGGCCUUCUCAACACCCUCGCCAACGCGAUCCUCUGCGUCGGCAUCCUGCUCACAUUUUUCCUGGGAAAGUACCUCUCCUAUCGCUGGCUGGCUGCCUUCUGCUUCACGCCGAGCGUCAUCAUGGCUCUGGCGCUCUUCUGGGUGCACGAAUCACCACGCUGGCUGCUUCAAAAGGGACGCCGCGAGGCUGCCAUAGCAUCGCUGCACUUCUACCAGGGUCCCAAGAUUGCCGAAGAACUGAGCGCGCUGGACGCGAACCUUGCCAAUAUGCAGCCUUUCGCACUGAGGGACGUAACCAUGCCGUACAUCUACAAGCCGUUCUUCUGCACACUUCUGCCCAUGUUCAUGCAGCAGGCGUCUGCUGUCUGCGUCAUCCUCUUCUACGCGCAGGAUAUAUUCGAGGACGCCGGAACGUCCAUUUCCGCUGACGACUGCACGAUUAUCGUGGGUGCCAUUCAAGUGGUCGUGCUCUUCGUCGCCACUGUGCUGGCCGACCGGUUGGGGCGCAAACUGCUUCUCAUUGUCUCUUCGGUAGGAUGCAUUGCUAGCCUUACCCUUCUGGGCAUUUCCUUCCACCUGAAAGCCACUCGAGGGGAAGAGUUUCUGGACUCCUUCGGCUGGUUGCCUCUCGUAGCUAUAGCCAUCUAUUUCAUGUCGUAUGCCACUGGACUUGGACCGCUGCCGUGGGUGCUGCUGGGGGAAAUGAUUCCGCUCAGGGCCAGAGGCUUUGCCACGGGCUUCUGCACGGCGUUUCUGUUUGCGCUAGCCUUCCUGGUCACCAAAUGCUACGACGACUUGGUGUUGCUCAUGACAGCGGCGGGCACUUACUGGAUGUUUGCGGGGCUUCUCGCCGUCGCACUUGUUUUAUUUAUAUUUGUUGUGCCUGAAACUAAGGGCAAAAGCCUAGAAGAAAUAGAGCUCAUAUUCGGCAAGAGCGACUCAUCGGCCUCCCUCGACACUAUGGACAAAAACGUCGAAAUGAACAUGAAAUAGAAAUGCUUGAAGCACUUCAAUUCGUCGUGGAAUAGACAUCCAAGGUGCCAUUCCUGCGCACCUGGCGCACAACAGCAAGUUCUGUAGAGGUGCCAAAUAUGCCGAGAUUUUCUUUUUCUGAACUUUACCCCCUCAGUUGAGGGUACAUUUUCUAUGAGCACAUUGCACUGCUCAGUCACUCAUUAGUAAAACUGUUGUUGCUGUUUCUUCUUUAGAUGCCAUGAACGACGUUACCGAAACAGAUUCACCUCGAAAAGUCCUCGUAUCACGCUGCUAAGCUCUAUGGCGUGGGCUGGGUUUUCGGUCACAUUGGCUGCAUUUUGAUGCUAGCGAAAUGCAGAGAACACGCGUGUGCUUACAAAAAGAUACACGUUAAAGAACCCCAGCUGAUCGAAAUAAGUCAAUACUCGCCCACUAUGGUGUGUCUCGUAACUAUAUCGUAAUUUUGUCACAACGCUGAUUACCGUAAAAGCGGAACCAGGCGCAUUAAAGGCGCCUCGGGAACGCAAAGCUUUAUUUAUUUAUUUAAUUCAUGCCCCUCACUACUGUGUAUGGUGCCAUAAAUUCAUGCCCCUCACUGUGUAUGGUGCCAUAAAGCAAAGUACAACUGUACCAAGGAUACAAUAACGACUACUCUUCCUUCGUUUGUGGGAUCCAUUUCUUCGUGAACUUUCUGAGUUAUGUUCGUCCAACAACAUUCAAGUACCCAAGCUUCUUACACUCCGAGAUCAUGCCCUAAAGAUAAACUACGGUCUCUGCAUGUCGUGUGAAUAUGGUAAUAGGAUGUCCUUUGUGUUCUGUAGGGUUUCCGAUUGCUCAAUCAUAAGUGAUAGGAGAUAAUCGUUGUAUGCGUCAUGGAUUUUGAUGAGGGGAUGUGGCUUUACCACCUAUGGGUUAUUCAGCUCUGUGUCCUUGAAAACGACCCGUACAGGUCAUGACGUAAGCAAUACAGUAAUAGUAAUAAUAGGAGAUAUGCGUUGUGUGUGUGAUGAAUGCUAAUGGAGAGAUGUGGUUUAAACACGUAUGGGUUAUUCAGCUGUGUGUCAUUGAAAACUACUCCUACAAGGCAUGACGUAAACAAUGUAGUAAUAGUAAUGAUAGGAGAUAUGCGUUGUAUGCGUGAUGAAUGUUGAUGAACAGAUGUGGUUCAAACACCUAGGGGUUAUUCAGCUGUGUGUCGUUUAAAACGGCUCGUACAGGUCACGACGUGAACAAUAUAGUAAUAGUAACAACUGCGCUUUUGUAUACGCAUUUAUUUUUCCCCCAACAGCAUUUACUAUGUAAACUAGCUUCGAUAAAGCCAAGUGAUAAAAGGCCUUUGUCCUUAUGAAUUGUGUACCUGAGGAUAAUGCUACUUUUAUGUGGGAAAAGAUAUGCAUUUUACGUGCCCUCUGCUUCCCCCAGAGCACGUUAGAAUCGAGUGCAUUUUGUAAAGACUUCAGUUUGUGUAACAUAUCCCUUUGUGACAUUAGUGAUCGGCUAACUAUGCAUGUAGAAUGUGUGCUUGUGUGAUCUAUUUUCUUUUGAGACCAACAUGUAUGCAGCAAGGAAAGUGUGUGAAAGUGUUCUGCAAGAGCAAUGUAUGAUAUAUCACGAUGCCCAUACUGUUUUGUUGAAGUUUUUUUUUUUUUGUUUCGUGUUGUAAUUUUAUGCACUGUGUACAGGCCGGAUUCUUAUGUUCCACUCUCGGCCUUCUGCUUUUCUUUUUUUAGGCUAACUGUCCUUAGGUUCAGCAUUUACAGUAUUCAAACAUAGCUUCGACCCAUAAAUGUAAUAUGUGGCCAGAAAACUCAAAUAUAUAAUUAGUGGGCACCUUUUUUUUUUUCAGAAAGCCCAGUCUCUGUGUACUAGAUUACGUUGAAAACAAUUGAUGACUGUAUUAUUUUGAAUUUCCCAUGUGCAUAGUUACCUGUAUGUGACACUACCGAUAGUACAAAUUCGUCGUGUUGCACGUUUUCAAUAAGCUGUAACUUAAAUUGAGAAAAUGAUGCGAUCUUAGCGGAUGACUUAAGCAUUUCAUUUCAUGUUACUGUACUUUUAAUUCAUUUUAGACAACUUUUUUAACUCGCAUGAACGUACUGAAUAAUGUGGAGAACUGAACACUCAAUCCCUGCAGUACAACUUGGAAUGUUACUCAGAGUCAUCGUGGAAUGGCUUGGCCAGCACCGCAGCUACUUAGCCAACCAUCCCCUAGCAAUAAUAUUUUGGUAUUAAGGGGGCACAUCUGAAAGGUUGUCACUUUUUGUGUACGUGUCUUGUUUACGCUUGUCAUCAUAUAAAGAAAGGCGUAUUUUUA